GUGAUGUGUGUGAUGUUGAUUGUGUUAAAAGGGAGUGUAGCAGAAAUAGCUGUCAAUUAUGUUUUUUGCUGCAAGUUCGAGGCAUGUUUAAAGUGAAAAUGGGCUAUGGUUGUCGUGAUGGAGUAAAAAUGAAAUACGAUCUAACAUGAAAUUCCAUAAGCAACAGAAGAGCUAUAAUGGCAUUUAAAUAGUACCAAGCUGAUUAUUUCUUGUCAUGUGCCCCUGGAGAACCGUAGCUUAGUUCAAAACUAAUGGUCAAGGACCAUAACCACAUCUAUCAACCUGUCCUCACAGAGUCACCAACUGGACCAUCUUGUCAGUCCACUGACGAGGUUAAAAAAAUGCCUCAUGUUACAAGGAAAUGGGAAUCAUUUCCAGGGAAAAAUCGGUUCUGCUGCGAUGGACGAAUAAUGAUGGCACCACAGACUGGCGUCUUUUACAUUACUCUCAUCCUUAUAGUGGGAACUAGCGCACUGUUUUUUGCAUUCGACUGCCCGUACCUAGCAACGAAUUUGACGCCAGUAAUACCCAUCAUCGGAGGAAUCCUAUUUAUUUUUGUCAUGUCAGCUUUACUCCGCACAAGCUUCAGUGAUCCUGGUGUAAUACCAAGGGCCACACCCGACGAAGCAGCCUACACAGAAAAGCAAAUAGUUCCCAACAGUGCAAACUCUCCCACAUAUCGACCACCUCCAAGGACAAAGGAAGUUCUCGUACGAGGACAGACAGUGAAGUUGAAAUAUUGUUUCACGUGCAAAAUAUUUCGGCCACCAAGAGCUUCGCAUUGCAGCUUGUGUGAUAAUUGUGUUGAUCGUUUUGACCACCACUGCCCUUGGGUUGGAAACUGUGUCGGCAAAAGAAACUAUCGUUACUUCUAUAUGUUCAUCGUAUCACUGGCUUUUCUCUGCGUUUUUAUAUUUGCUUGUGCUAUUACACAUUUAAUAUUACUUACAAAGGAUGACCGUCCAUUCCUUGAUGCUGUUAAGGACUCUCCAGCCAGUGUUAUUGUAAGCCUCGUCUGCUUCUUCAGUGUGUGGAGCGUUAUUGGCUUAGCGGGCUUUCACACUUAUCUUGCCACAUCAAACCAGACUACAAAUGAAGACAUCAAAGGCUCUUUCACAAGCAAACGAGGACAGGAAAACUUCAACCCCUACAGCCAAGGAAACGUGUGUUCAAACUGCCUAUACGUUCUCUGUGGCCCUGUGCCACCUAGCUUAAUUGAUCGACGAGGAAUUGUGACUCCAGAGUAUGCAGCAGAACAGAUGAAGGUCAUUGAAGACAGAGAUACUGUUGUAAACAGCAACAAAACUUAUGGCAGUGUGAAAGCCAUUCAGACAUCAAAUGGUGCUAGCCAGACAGGAAGUGUCGCAAAUGACGCAUUGGGUUCUACACAAAAUCUAGUGACUUCACCUUCUGGAGCCAGUGCCAUCAGAGGGAAUGGUGGUACAACCACGACUCUGGCAACGUCAUUGCACGGUAGUAAUACGAGUAGCACAAAUGGCAGUCCCACUGGGGUCACCGCAGCAGCCAUUAGUUCAAAUGUGUCUCCAGCUCAAGAUGCGGUUGCUCCCAUUCACCCCACACUCAUUACCCAAGUACCAUGCGAAGAAGCUGCAGGUACUGUUACGGACUUCACACUCUGUGAUGCUUCUGUUGCAAUGCCCUUAAGUGCAUCAAGAUUACGGUUGCUGCAAGACACCACCAUGAUAGAAUCUGCCUUGGAUUUGGACUCUCUGGAGGAAGCUUCUGUGGGGGCUGGCAGCCAGGCCGGCUUGCUCCAUGUCGGCAGUGUUGUUUGACAGGAGCCUCUGUCUGCUAAAAGAUGUACAUUUUGCAUUUUCUAGGCUAGUAACAGUGCUUGUGUGUGUGUGUGUGUGUGUGUGUGUGUGUGUGUGUGUGUGUGUAGCAAAUUUUCCUGACACUGAGAUACAAAACUGUCUUCAAUCUGCAGUACUGCAACCUACAGAACAUCACUUUUGUGUAAUUGUGGCAAACAAGGCUACACUCGAAGACAAAUAUUUUUUUGUGUGUAUGUUUUAGAAAUAAUUUGUACAUUUUAAAACAAAAUGGGUGAAGUACUUCAGUUAUUAUUAGUAGCUCAUAGCAUAAUUUUUGUAUCGUGCCAAACGUUAUUGGUCAUUAUCACAUUUUUAAGGAAUUUAAGCUCUGUUUUGUGAUCUUUGCAAGUCUGAAAUCAUUCUCUUUGCAUGAACAGUUUUAAUGUGUUGUGUGUUGAGUGCUAAAGAGGUGCUUUUCUCCCAAUGUGUGUGCCUCAAUUUCGCGAUAAUAAAAUCAGUACUAAUUUUUUGGUUACGCAUUUGAAAGUGUUAAUUAGAAAACUUUAGCAAGAUUGCUAUGUUCAGUCAGUGUGGACCAAAAUUUUCUCAGUUACUGUGAAUGCAGGAUAUUUAAGAUCCUUAUUCACAGCGGAGCAAACAUUCCAAAAUUUAAAUGGCUGCAUUACAAUGCAAUUUAUUCGUAAUAAAAUAUAUUGAAUGGUGUGGCAGUUGCACGAUUCAAAAGAAAUUUCUUGCUUUUGUAUAAACAAGCUGGAAAGUCAGCAUUGCUAUAAAAGUUGCAUUUUCUGAUUCACUGUAAACAGAUUUAUGCCUUUAACAAUUUUGAGUUCUUAAUUGAAUACGAGAAGCUAAUGCACAUUUAGAAAUAGUAACCUUAAAAUUUUAUAUUUUUCGUCAAACCAGUACUGUAUCUCUGUCCAGUUAGUUGUUUGAACUUCAUUUACUUCUUUUAAUUUGUCAACUGUUGUCUCAAAACUACUAUCUCUUAGUCCCAUCACAUUCUUCUGCCACAACCACACCUCUCUGUGUAAUAACUGCUUGUGUCUUUAAUUUUCAUUUUAAAAGUGUGUUGUGUUUUUAUCAAUCAAAACAUAAGAUGACCACUUAAUUUUCACCACUUUGUAAUCAAGAGAAUGCUAUGACUUUUAGAAUCACUUUUAAUAACUUAAACACAGUUUCCUAUUAUCGUCUCUGUUUAUGAAGUCAAUUAUCGAAACAUAUUUUAGCAGCAUGUACCAUCCUUAAGUUCCUUAUAUUGAUGCCUUACAUUUCUGCAUUAAUAUACAAUUACUGUAAGGCAGUAAUAGUAUACUUUAGAUUGGCAACAUGUUAUUGGAACAUGCUAUUCUAACUUAAUUAGUAAGUCAUGAAUGAGAAAGCAGUAUAUGUUUAAUUUAGUGUGCCAACUAUGAUGUCUCCAAUAUGUAGUGUAUUCAAACAUUUGUAGCUUCAUUUCUCAUUAUUUUGGAUCUACUUAAUUUUAUUUUACUAAUUAUCUAAUUUUGUAAACCACAGGUAUUAUGCUUUCUGGGUCAAGUAUUGCUUCAUUUCAUAUUCAGGUAGUUGUUUGAUAAUGUCUCUUUAAAUUUAAGUGAUGGCAGUGAAAAAAUUCAUUUUGUGAUGAUAGUCAAGAUAUAUGCUGUUUUGUCACUAAGUGUAUUUGGUUAUGACUUGCACUUUUGAAUUCAUCAGAUGCUUUCAAAUGCUAAUAGAACAGGUUAAUACAUACUAACUAGAUGUUACAUAUCUUUUCAUACUGUAUAUGCUGUAUGUAGGGAGGGGAGACUAUUUGAACAGUUAGGUAAUACAUAGAGACAGAAGGGAUGAGGGAUGGGGAUAUGUAUAUGUACAUGAAUUUAUAGACAGGCAAGAGGUAAUAAGAAAGAAGGCCACAGCCGUAACACAAAAACUCUAUAUGGACAAGAUAAAUUGUGGUUGUCCUACACAGUUUUACAAAUUAUUUUGUUACUUUUGUGUAGAGUUUAUUGUUACUAUUAUUGAAGUAGUAACAAUUAAAAUCUUUGUGGUAUAGUAUGUGUUAUCUGACAUUCUAAACUUUUUUUGUGUCAGUCCAGUAUGCUAUACAAGCUUGUAGACAAUUCAGUGUUAGUAUUUCUUUUUCGACACUUCAGUUGUCCCAUACAUGCCACAGUGCUACAACUGAUUCUUUUAUUGUGGUUCACCUUUUUUUAGUUGUAUGCUGGUGCUGCAUUUCUUUUCUUCAUUAUUUCAGAAUUGUUCACUGAAAAAACUAUCACACAGGUGAAGAGCAAUUUUAUGUGAUUAGAAUUUUUCAAAGUCAUCUUGCAGACUGACACCACUUUAAUUAUAAAAGCCUCAUCUCAGAGAGGGUUGAUCAUAUAAGAAUGUUACAAAGAAUGGUGAGAGCCAUUGUAACAUAAGUUUGCCGACCUGUUAACAGAUAAGUCUGCAUUUAAAUUAAAACUGAAAACAUUGCCUUAAGUAUCAGCAUAUAACAAUAUUUAGUUUAUUUUGUCACCAAAACAAUACCCAAGUGAAGGCUGAUAAGUUUUCCACCAGUAUUCAUUCAUGGAAAAGUGAUACACAUACAAGCAAAUAUGACAGUGUGGUAAAAUUAAAGCUCAUCAUGUUGCUAACCUUUGGCUCGCACAAUAGCUUGUAUGUUCACCUCUUUACUGAUGCAGGGGUCCUUUUCUUGCCACUCCAGGUGUGAGGUUACCAGAUCAAUCACUCCACAAGCAAGGAACAGGAUAUUUGUGGAUUGAUUUGAUUGUUUGUUUUCCCCUUUCUUUCUUGCUUUUUUUUUUUUUAGAAAAAAAGAAAAAGGUUUAUUAACAGCAAAUAUUAAGUUUUGUUAUCUCCUUUAUUUAUAUAACAGGUUCUAAAUUUGCAUCUUUGAGUGCCCCCCAAUCCCUAACAUUUGGCUUCCUGCUACAAAUGCUUCAAACAAGGUGUGAAGCCUAAUUCAGAUGGACAUAUCCCUUAUCAACAAAAAAUUGCAUGGGGCUGCACAAAUAUUACAAUGUUUUAAAUAUAAAAUUUAGAGUCAAAUGUAAUAAAAUGUUGCAGCAGCUUCUGUUUAAGAAGAGUGUAAGUCUCAACAGACUAAAAACAAAAGAAAAUAAAAAAAUAACUUCCUACAAAGUAUUUAACUAUAAUCAAGAAUGAUAUGUAUGCAGACUAGGCUAUCACAUUUAUAUUAUUUCUUCGAAGAGAUUUGUUUACAGAUUUUGGAAGAAGUAAUAUGCAUUUUGCUUCUUCUCAUUCAUUUAUAAUUUUUUAACCUUAAACAUCACAGGCACUCCAACAGUGUGUUAAAUCUUGUGUGUUAUUCCAUGAGUCAGUAUCAGUAAUACCUGCAACUAAAUUAGUGUCUUCCAUGGGGGUCAUGUUUCUUAGCACACAGACUCUUGCUUGUGACACAUUUCCUACAGGACCCAGUGUGUUUGAAACUUUGUAUACCUUUUCUGCUUAAUUGGAUUUUAUAUAAAAAAGAUUUUUUUCUGUUUAUUUCUCAGUGAAAGGAAAGCAGUUCAUCUUUUGAAUAAAAUACGAACUUAAAAAUACUAAUUAGACAGGUCAUUUAGCCCACUGAACUUUCAAACAGUCUUGUAAUCCCCCAACAAAAAAAAAUCAUACAAAUUUUUAGAUUUAUAUAGAGUAAUUUGAUGAAUGUAUGCGUAUUCCAACUUGCUACCUGGUUAUUUAUGAGAGAAGCUGAUGAAUUCAAAAUUUUAGUGAUCAGUGUAUAUUUUGUUACUGACGUAUUGAUAUCUUUAGUUUGUGUAGAUAGCUUCUUCUCACAUAACUAAUUACUUGUCUUUACUUUCUCAUCUUGUGUACCUUUUGUGAUGAAAAAGUCAGACUGAAGAAACAGGUUACUAUUCACCAAGUUCCAAUAUCCAUCUUGUAUAGCAUAGGUACAGUUUCUUUAAGUUUUUCAUUCAGUCUUUUUCUCUAAGAUUGCUAACAUAUCAGUGUUGAAACAUUCUAUUAUCAGUACCCUGUACUUUAAUUGUAUGAGCAGUGCUGACCGAUAGCUUUUUGACAAUGAUAAAAGUACAAAUAGAACUUCAAAAUUACGAUGAUGGAAAGGUACCUUAUUUGAAAGUUGGUAUAUUUAGUGUAUCUAUGUCAUGUGUUGCAUCAUUCAGUAUUGCCACUGACUUCAGUACUUUCUUACUUGAGUUACAAUACAGCGUGUUUUGCAUGUAUAUGUAUUAUGAAGGUUGUGAGAAAUGUGCUGAUAAAAGAUACCCCCAAGCAUUUCACAAUUCACUCAAAUUUUUGUAACAGCACUAUUAUAGCCUCAGUAUAAUAUGUAUAUAAUUACAUAUAUGUAAUUCUUAUUGUUUGAAAGCAAAGAUUUUCAGAUCCUUUCUCACUGCUGAAACUCCAUAGAAAUCAGAAUAUUUUUCUAAAGACUGUGUACAUUUUUUGAAAUCUUUUUAUUUUAAAUAGUUUGUUGAGUGAACUAUUUACUCAAUUGCCUUUUGUAAAUAGAAAAUGUCAAAAAUAAGUUCAUUCCUUGUGAACUAAUCUACAAAUUGUUUAUAACAAAAUUCCUUAUGUCCAAAUGUUCAAACUGUACAACAUGUAACAUUUAAUGAAGAUCGUGUUUGUAUAAGUACCAUUAAUUUAUUUUUGUAAAUUUGCUGUGGAAACCUGGUUGGUUGUUUGGCUGAUCAGUUAGUGUUACCUGAUGAUUGAUUGUGUGUGAGUACAGAUGUAAGACAGUGCCUUUAAGCCAUGGAGGUCACAAUCAUUAGAUGGUUAAAGAUCUCAUGCUUUUGUUGAAGUUUUGCCUUUGGUCUUUUUCUAAAACACUCGCAUCGUGACUAAUAUGAAAUAUUAACUGUCUUGUGUAAAUCUGGACAGUGUAAUGUAAAUGUUAAAAUGCCAAAAAUCUUCAUUAAUUUAUUUCUACUUGUAUAAUUACCAGAUAGAUGAUAGAAGAUAAUGUGUGUGAUCAUAUUUGGUUAUUCUCAUGUUAGGCAAGCUAAAAGGUAGCAUAACAUCCAAACUGCUUUCUUGGAUGGCAGUAGCUUUCAUUUUAUACUUGUUCCUGUUUUGUGUGCCACACUGAUCAUAAACAUAUCUGUAUUUAAUUGUGUUAUGGAUGGCACAGGUGAAAAAAGAAUUUAUAAAUACUUGAAUAUAAACUUUGGUGGUAUGUUUUAAUGUGAAUAUCAUAGUCAUGGCAAUAAUUUCCCAAUUGUAUUUAAGCGUGUUAGCUUUUGUAGCUAAAUUCAGUGAUCUGACUUCCGCAUUGUACACAAUUUAUAUUGAGACAGACACUACUUUUGGUCUAUAAAAUGUUAGUUAUCCUAUGUUGCAGCCACAGCUUUCUUCCCUGUUGCAGUUUCACUGACAAGUGGACAUAACUUCAAAUAUAUGAAAAAUAUUGUGAUCUCUGAAACUGCUCAUGAGAAUUGCAGAGAUUCAGUGUUCAUUAAUAGCAAUUUAAGUUUACCCACGUAAUUAUUGAAAGAAAAACAUUUAGAUUUUGGAGUGAAGCAACAUCAUUUACAAUUAGUGUUCAGUUUCAUUAAAAAAUUAUAUCUUAAUUUCAAAUGCUGAAGUUUGCCAUAAAAGCUUUAGACACCAGACAGGAAUGGUUGUUGUUAUUUUUGUUGUCAGCUCCUGUUGACCACUCGGCUCUCUGUCAAACUGUACAUCUUAAUCUGUAGUGCAAUUAUUUUAUGAUUUUUAAGAAGACCAUGGAUAUUUUUUAUUAUUUAUGUAGCAUUUUUAUUUAGCUUUAUGGAGACAGCAGAAUCAAUCACAUUCCCAGGAAGUUUAACACAUGGUGGGAAUAAAUAGUUUGCACUAAGUCUCCAGGACCAUCACUCAUACUGUAAAGGAACAUUUUAGUUCUCAAGAUAAUUUAUUUUAAUUGUUAAUGCCAAAGCAGAUUUUGGCAUCCUCUAAUGUGAUACUCAUUAGAUUUAUUUUGUCUAAUAACAACCUAUUUUCUGUGGGUAGUAAAAUGAAAACCAUUGCAGUGUGACAAGCUAUGGAUUUCUUCAUAAUGUCUGUUAGUUGCAAUUUAUGUUGUACACUGUCCAGUUUAUAUGUAAUAUUUCAGCAAAUUUGUAUACAUUUGUGUAUGUACAUAUGUAUAUAUAUAUAUAUACAUAUAUUAUGAAGUGAUGUAUGUAAAUGUAAAUAGACUAUAUUAUAAAGCAGAUUGAAGUUUGUGUGUGAACCUAUUGGCAUUUUCCUUCUUCUCCCAUUGCAUAUAAAAUUAUUGAAUGCAGUAUUUAAUGGUAUAUUUCUACCAAUAGCAGCCAUCAUUCAAAUGUUAAGAGAGUAUCAUUGCUGCAGACAUAAAUAAUUGUUGUUAGUUUCUGGCAGUUCCAUCACAUUGUUACUAAUAAAUUCAUUUCGCUUUGA